AUGUUGGUCGUGUGGCUGGUGGUUGCGUGCGCGACGGCUGCGCACGCGCUGCGCGUCGGCGUCGGCAUCGCUGAUGUCACUGGCCCACCUGCCGAAAUCGCAUUUAUGGGUUACGCUCAACUAGAACAAACGGGUCAUGGCAUCCACUUGAGGCAGUUUUCAAGAGCUUUCGUGUUCGAAGAAGGUAGUGAUGAGUCAGCUGAGAGGUUCAUCUUUGUGUCUGUUGAUGCAGCUAUGAUGGGACAUGGUGUGAGGAUAGAGGUCAUCAAACGUCUUCAGAAGCGGUAUGGAGAUUUGUACGGGGAGCACAAUGUGAUAAUCAGUGGGACCCACACCCACUCCACUCCUGGAGGUUUCCUUAUGGACUUUCUUUUUGACCUUCCCAUCCUCGGCUUCGUUAGGGAGACUUAUGCUGCUUAUAUUAUUGGUAUUUAUAAGAGUAUCGUCAUAGCUCACAAUAAAUUAACGGACGCACGUGUAUUGUAUGGGGAAGCUGAGCUUUUGAAUGCUAAUAUCAACCGAUCUCCUACAUCUUAUUUGAGGAAUCCACCAGAGGAAAGAGCUAGGUACAAAUAUGACACAGACAAGACUCUGUCGCAGAUUCGCUUCGUGUCUCCAGAGAACAAGAUCCUGGGUGUGAUUAACUGGUUCGCAGUACAUCCGACCAGUAUGAACAAUACUAAUAAGUUGAUCUCCUCUGAUAAUGUGGGGUAUGCCUCCAUUUUGAUGGAGAAAGCUCUUAAUGGGAACACGACGUUGCCAGGCAAGGGCAGCAUAGUUUGUGCCUUCGCGUCCACGAACCUCGGCGACGUAUCACCAAACACGCGAGGCCCGCACUGUGAGUUCUCAGGCAAGUCGUGUGACCAGGAGACCUUGUUGUGCAAGAGGCCUAAAGAGAGGUGCUUCGCGUCAGGACCUGGGCGGGACAUGUUUGAUAGCACCAGGAUCAUUGCUACGAAGCUGUUCCAUACUGCCAUGAAUGUUCUAAACGAGCCGGGUGAAGACGUCACAGGUCCUCUGGGCAUCAAACACCAGUACGUGAAGAUGCCAGAACAAGCGGUCGCUCCAUACGACCCGGUCACCGAGACCUUCAAUACGAGCACAAAAGUAUACGGGUGUCUCCCAGCCAUGGGCUAUAGUUUCGCAGCGGGUACUACGGACGGACCUGGGGCAUUCGACUUCAAACAGGGCACCACCACAUCCAAUCCCUUAUGGAAUGCUGUCAGGGACUUCAUUGCUGAACCUACCAAGGAAGACAUCAAGUGUCAGGCGCCUAAACCGAUUUUAUUGGCUACUGGACGGGCCAGAUUCCCUUACGAAUGGCAGCCAAAGAUAGUAUCUUGUUCUGUGGCGAGGAUCGGCGGCCUCAUACUCGCUGCAGUACCGGGGGAGUUCACCACCAUGUCCGGCCGGAGACUGAGGCACGUCAUCGCUAAGACUGCACCAGGUGCAAGGAAGGUCGUCAUCGCUGGACUCUCCAAUAUCUAUUCUGAUUAUAUUGCUACGCCUGAGGAGUAUCAGGCGCAAAGAUAUGAAGCAGCGUCUACAAUUUACGGGCCCCAUACAUUGGACAUAUAUUUGAACAAAUACGUCGAGCUGACUGAAGCAUUGAUCUCAAGUAAAACAAUCCCACAAGGUCCCGAACCGCCAGAUCUAAGCACUCAACUGAUCUCCUUAGUACCGCCUGUAUUAUGGGACUCCGCGCCGUGGGGUCACGAGUUCGGUGACUGCUUGAAGCAGCCCUUCAAACAGUAUAGCUAUGGAGAUGUUGUUAUGACACAAUUCGUAUCUGGUCACCCCCGCAACAGUAUCCGCCACGGGCGCUGGUACGCCACCGUGGAGCGACUCGAGUCGGAGGAAGAUGACGCAUGGACCACUGUCUUCACUGAUGCUGACUGGGAAACUAAGUACAUCUGGAUUCGUGACUCCAAAGUGAUGGGCACAAGUCGUGCGGAGAUCGAAUGGGAGAUUCCAGUAGGAACUCCAAAGGGAACCUACAGGAUUCAUCAUUUUGGAAACUACAAAUAUGUGUUGGGUGGCAUCUACCCUUACCAUGGAUUCACGGACAGUUUCGAAGUGUCUUAG